GUAUCACAGCCAGCGGUGUCACAUUCAUCCGAUAGAGUGACACCCAAGUAAAUUAUGUGCUGCAGCUGAAGAUGGGUGGUAGCGGCUCCAAAUCCAAAGGAUUUUGGCCUUUCGCUGGCUCAGGCAGUGGCGACGACCAUGCCAAAGAUGGAAAUGAACAAUCACUGGCUAGAGCACGUAGUUUCCCGGGCGCAACUCCUUUUGUGUUCACCAGGCGAAGCUCUUUGUUUUUGGAUGAAGAUGGCGACUUGGCCCACGAGUUCUAUGAAGAGACUAUCGUGACGAAAAAUGGCCGAAAAAAAGCCAAACUGAGGAGGAUUUACAAAAACUUGACACCUCAGGGAAUCAUAAAGCUGGACCUCCCUUGCAUCCAUGUAGAUUUCCCAGUCGUCCUUUGUGAAGUGUGA